AUGCACUGGAGGUCCAGCUCUUCCCUGCUGCUGGUGCUGCUUCUAAUGAGAACUGAGGACACACGAGGCCAUGAGCACAUAUACCAGGAUGUGCUGCGGGGUUUGGGGGUGCGCGGGACAGAGGGAGAGCCCACACUCCAGCGGCGCCACAUAGGACUCCUCAUCGGCCGAGUCCUGCAGGCUGUGCACUGUGAGGAGCAGUUUGACUCUUCACACGAUGUCUGUGGAUCGUGCCUGACUACAGACAUCGCUCAGUCUGUUCUGGACAACAACAAGAGCCCCACACUCACUGAAGAGGACUAUCAGAAGAUCUCAACUGUGCUGCUUUAUUACGUCAUUAACUUACAAGACUUGUGUGUACCAAAUACGGACUCCUCUGUCACUUCGUCCUCUUCCUCGUCUCAUGGGAAUUAUCAGUUUUAUCUAUUGGCCCUCGCUAACCUGCACCCAGCGGAGGACAAUCUCUUUCUAUCUGGCAAUGAAACUGAAAGCAUUCUGCUGCUUAUCAACAGACAUUUCCAUCCUACGCACAAAGACGAGCAAUGUGUUGAUGCCUCUCAUCUUCUAAGGGAAAUUGAAAUUGCAGAAGAUCCAGGCGCUGACAUAGCCGCUGUGUCCAAGCUGUCCGCAUCCAUCAUCAGUCACAUGCUGAUGGGAGGCUGUUUCAAGCAAAGAAGUCUCCCCUCUCCAACUUUCUUCACAGACUACAUAUUUCAAUCCUUAAACUGCACGAGCGACCUCCAUAUAUUUGAUUUGGAGGAGUUGCUUCAUCAGUUGGGAGUAGGGCAUGAAGCACACGAUCACAGAAGAGAGAGGCGGAGCAUCACCAGAGAGACGCACAAAGAAAAAGAGCUUGAGUUAGGAGACAAGCAGGAAAAUACAGCAGCAAUCACAGACUGGGCCCAGGUCUGUUUUUCUGCCAAUCAGUUGGUGGAUAUUUUUGCUCUGGAUCCUCAUUCGCGAAUUUCCAAGGACCACUUCACACAAAUUUGUCCAGCCAUCGUUCAGCAGUUGCUAGGCAAUGCCUGCGAGUCCAUGGUGUCAAACGCAAGAGGACCUCAGCCCACUGCUUUGGAGAAGUACGGCUACAGCACAGUUGCCGUCUUGCUCAUCACUCUCGGCUCUAUGCUCGGCACCUGCCUGAUCUUCUUCCACUCGUGCCAGGAGACGUACACCCUGAUCCUGCAGCUGUUUGUGGGGUUAGCGGUGGGGACUCUGUCUGGAGAUGCACUGCUCCACCUCAUCCCACAGGUCCUCGGGCUCCACGAUCACUCCCACGUUCAUGAAGGAGAGGAGCAUUUUGACAAAGGACAGGAGCAUCUCUGGAAACUUUUAGGCAUUAUAGUGGGGAUCUAUGCCUUUUUCCUGCUUGAAAAGAUAUUUGCAUUUGUUGUCCCAUCACACGCUCAUAGUCAUGGCCUUCCUCUGGAGCUCAACUGCAAUGGUCAGUCUCAAAGGGGCAAGUCCAUCUCCACUAUACAGCUGGGCCCAGUGGAUGAAUUGGAUUGUGCCGAAACUUCUCCUGAGCACACAAACACAAGAAGCCACGCCAAACAGAGACAAGGCGUUCCUCUGCUGGCCAUGAUGAUAAUUGUGGGAGACAGCCUUCAUAACUUUGCCGACGGCCUGGUUAUCGGAGCGGCCUUCUCUUCGUCGGCUGAGACCGGUGUAGCGACCACAGUGGCCAUUCUGUGCCACGAGAUCCCACAUGAGAUGGGAGACUUUGCGGUGCUGCUGAACUCUGGGCUCCCGGUGAAGACUGCGGUGCUCAUGAACUUCCUCAGUGCCCUGACCGCCUUCAUGGGGCUCUACACCGGACUGUUUGUGUCCGCGGAGACUGAAGUGCAGCAGUGGGUCUUCAGUGUGACAGCUGGCAUCUUCCUCUACCUCUCCCUGGUGGAAAUGCUCCCAGAGAUGAGUCGUGUGAAGACAACGCGGCCGUGCCUCUUGUUUUUCCUGCAGAACCUUGGACUGCUGAUGGGCUGGGCCUGCCUCUUACUGCUGGCCCUGUUUGAACAUAAACUCAGACUAUGA